AUGCCUGUCUCCUUCUCUGGGAAACGCCUGGGACGGCUGCUGCUGCUUCUGCUCUGUUUCAGCCCCAGCCCCUCGGGCGGGAGCCCCGCAGAUGCAGCUAUGACAACACAAGAUGUCAGUCAGUCUCAGGCAAACUCUAUGACUAAGAUGCAGGCUGGACUUAAUGAAUCAUCAUCUGAGCCCAUUACAACUACACGAGCUGUCAACUGGCAAACUCAGAGGAGCUCUUCAGAUCAUUUGAGACUUGAACAUAAUGCAUCUAAUCCUGCCUUGUUAGGUCCAGAUCCUACCCCACAAGAGUUCAAGCAGGCAACCAAUGAGAAUAUGUCCAAUGUCACUGUUGUGAAGCAUGAGGUACUUCUAUCUGGUGUUUCUGGGACUCCUGUGGAAAAAACUAUCACUUUGGACCGUGCAACUAGAAUUGAACUUUUGUGCAAAUUGGAUGCUAAGUAUUCUCAUUUGAAAAGCCUUCAAGUGACUUGGAAAAAAGGAAAUGAAACAAUCAGACACAUUAAUAAAACUGAAAACAGUUGGAGUGUCCAUUUGCAGAUCCUGGAUAACAGUAAACUGGGAAGUUACACUUGUACUCUGAAAGGUGAAGAAGAAAUCAGUGCUACGUUUCAUUUACAAGUACCAAAAAUUCAAGGAAGAGAAAAACCCAUAGUCAGUUACGAAGGAGAUACAGCUGUAUUGAUUUGCAAAACUUUUGGCUAUACUCCCAUUGCUUGGACCUGGUAUAUGGCCAAUGGAAGUGAUCAGAUUACCAUUAAUGGCUCUUUGCUGACAGACAAGUAUGUAAUUAAUGGAGGAUCUGCCAAUGUAACCCAUCUGAAGAUACUGAAGCUCACCAAGGAAGAUGAUGGUGUAUAUCAGUGUGAAGCUGCAUUUGAAUUAGGGAAAAGUGUAGGAAAGCUGAAACUUGAAGUUCUGUCCCUCAUGGUGCCUCUCAAACCCUUUCUAGCAAUCGUGGCCGAAGUUGUUGUUUUAGUAACUAUUGUUUUCCUUUAUGAGAUGUAUUCAAAAAAGAAAGAUAAAUAUGCAAAUGAAAAGGAAUUUGACCAAGUAGAGCAACUUAAAUUUGAAGAAAGCAAUGGUCUGGAAAACAGUAGUGCUAGGCACAGAAAAAUUUAA